CGAUCCAUUUCUAAAUGCCGACAGCGUAUAUGUUCUCAUCGGUUUAAUUAGUUGUUUUUAUAAACCAACAUGCAUAAAAUUACAAAUUGCUUAGUUAGAAACGGUGACUACGUGAUAGUUAAAAAAAACAAUUUUAAGAAAGUUCAUAAAGUAUCCGAAAGGAGUAUUUUGAUAUUAGGAAAAGAACAAAUUGAAACGAAGUGCAUAGUGGGGAAAGAAUUCUGGACGACGUUUGAGGUAAUCCCUUCUGAAAACAACAAGGAAAUUUACACGUUGCUGCCUGUUAUAAAAGCGGAGUCUUUAGAUAAAUUAAAUUAUGAUUUACCUUGUGGUCUUGACAAUCGGUCGAUCAACGAUGAUGGUACGUCACAACAAUUGACAAAAGAUGAAAUUUUAGGUCUCCGAAAGGCUGGUAAGUCCAGUAGGGAAAUUGUCAGUUCUUUGAUUGAAAAUAGCAGUUCUUUCUGUGCUAAAACUGAAUAUUCACAACAAAAAUACAUUCGAAAAAAGGAGAAAAAAUAUUUUCAGUAUUUGACCAUUUGCAGGCCGACUAUUGAGUUGCUACAUGAAAUUUACUUCCAUCAAGAUUAUACGAAGAUUAGUUGUUUGAGAGUGGACACUUUAGCUCAGACUCUUUCUUACUGUGAUAUUAAAUCGGCUGGAAUGUAUUUAUUAUAUGAUAGUGGAUCUUCAGGAUUGCCUGCAGCCAGUAUUCUGAAUCGAAUAGGAUCAAAUACAGAUGGUAGUUUGUUACACAUUCACCCUGGAAGUGAAGCCCAGAUGGCAAUUAUUCAUGCCAUGAAUUUUCCUGAAGAGCAAUUAAAUCGGUUACAUAACAUCAGUAUAACAAAAUUCAUUAAACGUGUAAUAAAGGUUGAAAUUGUUAGGUCUAAUCUGUCAGUGAAGACUGCUAACUCAUCUCCAAAUAAUGAAAUUAAACCUAAUUCCCGGGCAUCAUUUUCUGAGCCACAAAUGGCUACCGAAACUUCUAUAAUGCAAAAUGAACUGAAAAGAAAAAAUACAGAACUCAGUGGGCCUUCUUUUCCUAAAAAGGAAUCCAAAAUAUCAGACGCUAUGGAUCAUCUGAAGACUGAGAGGGCAGAAGCACUGGUAGUCAUCGCUAGAGAGCAUCCACGCAAUUUAAUUGAAUUUCUUAUACCUUUUCUUAAAAAAUCUAGACCUUUUGUCAUUUACCACUCCAGUCGAGAACCACUGCAGGAUACGUACGUUUUGUUAAAGCAAAAAUUUACUGUUGUAAACUUGAAACUAUUUUCAACUUUUCUGCGAUCUUACCAAGUAUUAACAGAUAGAACGCAUCCUGAUAUUGUAUCAAAUAAUCAAAGUGGGUACAUUUUGACAGGUUAUUUAGUAUAAUAAUGUACACUUAUAAUUCAAGUAAUGAUUAGUUUGCUAGAUGUAUAUGGUGUCAAAAGUUAAUAGAAAAUACAGUAAAUCUUUCAAUCUAAUCUGUUUUAAAAGUGUUAAAAAUAUUAUGAACAGUCACCGGUUUGUAUUUCUUAUAAAUUAACACUGAUGAGAAAAAUUAUUAUAGAAAUUUUAAUCAUCCUCGGCACUAUUUUGCAUAAAGUGAUUUAAAAAUGAUGUAACGCUACAUGUACUUUUAAACCUAUCCUUCUGCAUGUUUUACAAAGUUUUUUCGCAAUUUAAAGUAAUAUUAGACAUUUUAUAAACUUCAUGCACACUUUUAUCCCAGAUAGCUAUUUCUAAUACAAGGAAAUCGCUGAUAAUAAUAUUUACAAUAGUUUUUUAUUUUUGUAUAAUAGGAGAUUAUUUAGUUUUCUAACCUUAAACCAUACAAUAUU